AUGAAGUUCUCUGUCUCCGUUUUUGUUGCUCUCGCUUUCGUUUCUCUUCCUUCUUCCGUCGCGCUCUCCAGAGAUUCAUCCUCUUCCGCCGCUGCUCAGGAACCGCUUAAGCUCAUCUUAGGAUCGCCUAAUUUCGGAUCAUGGAAAGGUGUAAUCUCAUCAGCGGAUUCAUUAGCGCCAGGACCUUCGUCAGAUUUCUCUGAUUACCUCGUUUUAGCAGCUGAUAGAACGAAGAGACCUGACAUUCUCAGAGCUUUCAAGCCUUACCGUGGAGGCUGGAACAUCACCAAUAAUCACUAUUGGGCUUCUGUUGGAUUUACAGGUGCGCCUGGUUUCAUUCUAGCUGCUGUGUGGAUCUUAUCUUUUGGCUCUCUUCUCGUUGUGUAUCACUGCUGUAAAUGGAGAGUAUGUGAGAAAGCUAAAGGAUCAUCAUACAAUUCAAGAAGAAUCUGUCUCAUCUUGUUGAUAAUCUUUACAUGUGCUGCAGCUGUGGGAUGCAUUCUUUUGUCUGUGGGGCAGAACAAGUUUCACACUGAGGCUUUGCAUACGCUGAAGUAUGUGGUGAACCAGUCGGAUUACACUGUGGGGAUCCUCCAGAACGUGACUCAGUAUCUGUCCCUUGCGAAGACGAUUAACGUGACGAGGUUCUCGCUUCCGCCGAAUGUAUUGGGUGAGAUUGACAAGCUAAACGUCAAUCUGAACAAUGCAGCGGUAACACUACAAGAGACGACGACUGAUAAUGCUGCUAAGAUUAAAAGAGUUUUCUAUGCUGUGCGAUCGGCUUUGAUUGCAGUGGCUACUGUGAUGCUCAUUCUUUCUUUUCUUGGUUUUUUGCUUUCUCUCCUCCGCCAUCAACAUCUUGUUCACAUAAUCGUAGUGAGUGGGUGGAUACUGGUUGCUGUCACAUUUAUCCUCUGUGGAGUCUUUCUGAUCCUAAACAAUGCAAUUUCAGAUACGUGUGUAGCAAUGAAGGAAUGGGUUGAUAAUCCUCACGCAGAAACAGCGCUAAGCAGCAUCCUCCCAUGUGUUGAUGAGCAAACAACAAACCAGACUCUUGCACAGAGCAAAGUCGUCAUCAACAGCAUCGUCACCGUUGUGAACACCUUCGUCUACGCCUACGCGAACACAAACCCGUCUCCAAAUCAAGACCACUACUACAAUCAGUCCGGACCUCCAAUGCCUCCUCUGUGCAGCCCCUUCGACGGAAACAUGGAAGAUCGCGAGUGCUCCUCUCAGGAACUGUCAAUAUCAAACGCAUCAUCGGUAUGGGAGAGUUACAUAUGCGAAGUAUCACAAACCGGAAUCUGCACAACAGUGGGGAGAGUAACCCCUGAGAUCUACGGGCAGUUAGUAGCAGCUGUGAACGAGAGCUACGCGUUAGAGCAUUACACGCCGCCGUUGCUUAGCUUCAGGGAUUGCAACUUCGUUAGGGAUACGUUUGAGAGUAUUACAUCAGAUUACUGUCCACCGCUGGUUCGUAAUCUGAGGAUUGUGAAUGCAGGACUCGGACUCAUCUCUGUUGGAGUGUUACUGUGUCUUGUGCUUUGGGUGUUUUAUGCGAACCGCCCCCAAAGGGAGGAAGUGUUUGCUGAUCCACGCCCUCAAGUAAAAGACGGUCCUUUUGUUAACGGCUUGGAUAGUCAUCAUCAUUCAGGUGACGAGUCUAAGCUUUCUGCAUAA